CGCGUCGUAGGAGGCCGUGCAAUAGCAACGUGAGCGGUAUUGUUUUGUUUACCUGUACGGUGCGCGCACUCCCGUUCGAAAUAUAAGAGAGAUAAUCUCGAAAUAUCAACCUGAAAAGGUCGGGAACUUUAUUGUUUCGAUCGCUGCGCUGUUGGAUCGUCGACACGCACGGAACACACGCAUCUCCUGUACAAAACGCGAAAUUCGAACUCCUGAUAAGUCGGUAAACCAUCUGCAAGGGAAGGAUUAUACAUUUUGGUUUUCGGAUUUUUCGAAAAAUCGGGUUUUUUUGUUGUGAUUGUGUCCGGUGCAGUGAUUGUGGUUUUGGUGUUUUGUGACAAUGUGAUAGGUCCAAAUGAGCGAGAGGGAGAUGAAACUGGGAAGCACCAAAAGUGUGGCUGGUGAUUUGGAUAGUGAAAGGCCGUUUAUCAGGGGUUCGGAUCCGCGAGUGGCAACAUGCAGGGGCAAGCUUCAGAACCGCCGGUCGAAGCUGAACCAGGAGAUCAACAAGGAGCUGCGAUUGCGCGCGGGCGCCGAGAACCUCUUCAAAGCGACCACGAACAAGAAGCUGCGCGAAACCGUCGCCGUCGAGCUCAGCUUCGUCAACUCUAAUUUGCAGCUGUUGAAGGAGCAGCUGGCCGAAUUGAACUCAUCGGUGGAAUUGUACCAAAGCGACAGCACCGACGCCGUGAUGCCGAUGAUCCCGUUAGGCCUGAAGGAAACGAAGGAAAUCGACUUCCGGGAUCCCUUCAAGGACUUCAUCCUGGAGCACUACAGCGAAGACGCCAACCAACACGAGGACGCCAUAUCGGAUUUCAUGGACACCAGACAGGCCAUUCGGACGCCGCUCAGGGACAAUUCCGGCAUAUCGCUGUUGUUCAGAUAUUACAAUCAGCUGUACUUCGUGGAGAGGCGGUUCUUUCCGCCCGAUAGAUCGCUGGGGAUUUACUUUGAAUGGUUCGAUUCGUUAACAGGUGUGCCAUCUUGUCAGAGGACCGUAGCCUUCGAAAAAGCAUGCGUCCUAUUCAACAUGGGCGCUUUGUAUACACAAAUAGGAGCCAAGCAGGACAGAUCAACGGCCAAAGGUCUGGACGCGGCCGUGGACAGUUUCCUUCGAGCAGCUGGUACGUUUCGGUACAUAAACGAAAACUUCACCAACGCUCCCUCCAUGGAUCUGGGGCAUACGAUGCUCGAGAUGUUCGUGCAAUUGAUGCUGUGUCAAGCCAGGGAAUGCCUGCUCGAGAAGCUCCAGCUCCAAUCCAAAGACGGCAGAUCGGUGGACGUCUGCCUGGAUCUGUCCCAGGAGGCGGCCCACCUGGCCGGUUGCUACGACGAAGUCGUCCAGCUGAUCGCCAACGACAACGUGCGCGAUUUCGUGCCCUACAGCUGGGCGUCGCUGGUCCAGGUCAAAAGAGAGUACUACACUGGAAUGGCGCACCAUCUGCUGGCGUCCGGCGUGCUUCACAAGGAGGCCGAGUCGAUGUCGGACGCCGCCAAAGACACUUUGAUGUACGUGCACGUCGACGUCGAUGGGUCCGCUCAAUUGGACGUCAGAGUGCCCAAAAAUGCCUCCGAAAGAAGAUUGUUAGGAAGGGCACAUCUAAGGGAAGCUUUGGUACUCUUCGAAGAAGGCCAAAGGCAACACAGAAUGUGCAGGGAGUUGAGAGGCAAACAAGCUCUUACUGCGGUGCUCCGAUUAGCCCAUAAACAAGCCUUGAACGCCUACACAUCGACGGAAACGGAAGACGAUUUUAGCGAUCUUCUGGAUCCCCCGCAUAUUCAAGCCGCCACAAAGUUCCAGUUGUCGCUGACGCCACCCGAUUUCGCCCAAUACCGCGUCAGCGACCUGUUCAAAACGUUAGGACCGAUCGCCAUAUUCUCGGCGAAGAGACAUUGGACGGCGCCCAGACUAGUACAGUUGCAUCGAGGAAAAGCCACGGACGGGUUCGGGUUUUCGCUGCGCGGCGAUGCUCCCGUUAUAGUCGCCGUCGUCGAGAACAAUUCGUUAGCAGAAUUCGGCGGAAUCAAAGAAGGCGAUUUCGUGGUGGCCGUAUCGGACAAAGACGUGAAAUGGUCUUCGCACGAUGAAGUGGUGACAUUGAUCAAGAAGGCCGGGGAAUCGCUCAAUCUCAAGCUAGUUACUCCGAUGGACAGGAACUAUCUGAAGCCCAACAAAAUUCCCGGCAAUAACAAAGGAUCCGUUUCGACUAACAGCAGCAGUUCGGGCGUGUCGAGCGGCAUGUCAAGUCCAUCGGGCUCUAUGGCUCAUCAUCACGGCAACACCAAGCUCCUCCGCUUGACCUGGAACCCCUUCAAGAGGCACCUGUCUUCGAGAGAGGGCAAGGAAUUCUACGAUAACGUUAUCUUAAGAUAGAUUCGAUUUCUUCUGUAUACCUAUUUAUUAAACGAAUUUUACUGAUGCUGUUCAGCGGAAUCGUUCUACUUGUUGAUAUUUUUUUUUGUUACAAAAGUACUUUAUACGUUCACAUAGUGACCUUGGAAAAUUGUCGAAUUCACGAUAACGGAACGUUUCGCGAUAAAUUUUAAAUUGCGCGUACGUUUUUUUUUUCGCAGGUAAUGGUAUUUUGAAAAUGGACGAUGUGUACAUAAUGCGGAUCCAUUUAGAACUGACUAAAUUUUAUUAAACGAAUUCUUGUAUUUAUAAAUUUUACGUUGUAAAUAAAAGUAAAUAAUCAAUAAAUUAGUUACUCAA